GCAACCCAGGCCAUCACCAGCGCCCCGGUGCCACUCUCCUCACGUCCCACACACCGAAACAGCACCGCACCCUGCCUCAUUCCCGACAAGAAGCCAUGGUGCAUGUUUGACCACCGGACAUCUAAAGCACCCACGCACUCGCCCACCCUCUCGGACUCGACAUCAACUGGCCCUGAUCUGACUUCGACCUACGCUAUUUGCCGCGAUGAACGAGUUCGAACGUGUCGGACGGACGAUACUGCGCUCUGUAUACGACCCGCUCCCGACCAACAACAGCACCGAUCACAUAUGGUGUCUGGGCCGGCGAUAUGAUUCCAAUGCCCCGGCGCCGAAGCCAGCAUCUGUCUCGGGUGAAGGCACACUUCCAGCUGCUUCUCCCGCACCUCGCAACGAGCGACCCGAGCGACCCGGACUCUCCGAGGAAGACAGCUGGAUACGGACCAGUGCAGACGAGUCUGGCGGCAAAGAGGCCCCAAAUGGUGGAGAGGAUCCGGAUCAGUACGGCGGUUGGCCCCACGCCUUCCUAGAUGACUUCGAGUCGAGGGCGUGGAUGACAUAUCGGUCUGGCUUCUCACCCAUCCAGAAGAGCCAGGACCGCAAGGCAACAGCGGCCAUGAGCUUCAGGGUCCGGAUGCAGAACUUGGCGCAAAGCGCCUUCACGUCGGACUCGGGCUUUGGCUGCAUGAUACGGUCUGGCCAGUGCAUACUUGCGAAUGCACUGAUAGAACUGCGAUUAGGACGAGAUUGGAGGCUGCAAGAGUCACAGACAAAGCAAGACGAGCGUCCCAUACUCUCGCUAUUCGCCGACGACCCACAGGCACCCUUCUCAAUACACCGCUUUGUAGAACACGGGGCAGCAGAGUGCGGCAAAUAUCCCGGCGAAUGGUUUGGCCCGUCAGCAACUGCGCGGUGCAUCCAAGACCUUGUUAAAAAGUACCCGGAGGCAGGCUUGAAGGUGUACAACUCCGGUGACGGUGCGGAUAUUUAUGAGGACAAACUCAAAGAAGUCGCCGUCGACGGCGACGGCAAAUGGCAACCGACACUUAUACUCGUAGGCACUCGGCUGGGCAUUGAGAAGAUCACGCCUGUGUACUGGGAAGCCCUGAAGACGUCAUUGCAAAUGAAGCAAUCCGUAGGCAUCGCUGGUGGUCGCCCCUCUGCAUCGCACUACUUUGUCGGGAACCAAGGCAACUACUUCUUUUACCUUGACCCGCACGUUACGCGCCCUCGUCUACCUUAUCAUGAUGACCCUGCCGCAUACACUGCAGAGGAUAUUGCCAACUGUCAUACUCGCCGUCUCCGGCGCAUAGAGAUCCGCGAAAUGGACCCGUCGAUGCUGAUCGCGUUCCUCAUCCGCGACGAGGACGAAUACGAACAGUGGAAAGAAGGCGUGGUGAGCGUACAGGGCAAGGCUAUCGUUCACAUCAGCGAGGCUGAGCCGCCGCCGCGCGGUCAAGAAAGGGCUGGCGCGGUGGACGAAGUGGAAAGCUUUGACGAAGACGGUUUGCAGUAGAGAGCGUCGGAUACCCCAGUUUGCACAGUGUUACCACAUCACGGUGUUACGAGAUAUGCCACGAGUAUCCGAUUUGUGAUCGCAAGGCGGGACUAGCUUUGAGCAGACCUGCCCGGCGUUUGACUGUUUGUACUUGAAUUGCAUUUAGGGCUGGAGUUUGGGUAGAUAUAUCCGCAAGCUCCGCGCCCUGUCGGCACACAUGUAGAAGGUGUAUUAUGAUUGAUAAUACCCUUGACAAUGAACCAAAUAUUGCCAAU